CAUCAAAAAUAAGUUCCUCUUUAUGCAACCACUCUCAACUCUCAUUUUGGGAAUGGUAUAGGCCUAACUGACCAAAUUCAUACAGUAGGCUUUGUUAUGACGAUGUUAUUAAUAACAUUCAGACAGGUCAUAGAUAUUAUUAUCUAAAAAAAAAAAGAGUUGUUUCCCAAAUUUACAGAGUUCCGCAGAAGUCUUGUUGCCUACUCAGGAAAGACGCGUCAUUGCCAUCUUUCCUACCUUCCUUAGAUUUUUUUCUUAAUUCAGGGGGGCAGGAUCCAAACGCGAUAGAUCGAUAUUGAAAAUGGAAGGAGCAGCGACGCGCACUGUGAUAACGUCUACCAGCAGCAGCACGGAAAACUUUUCCAACCCUACUCUGGUUUACGAGAGGCAGUUUCUUCGCACUGCUUCGGGGCUCCUCGUUUUCGCAGAAAUAGUGUUUGGUCUGCUGGUAUGGAUGCUGAUAGCAGGGACGGAGUACUUCCGUGUGUCUGCCUUUGGGUGGGUUAUGUUUGUGGCCAUCUUGUACUGGGUCCUGACGGUCAUCUUCCUCAUCAUCUACCUGACCAUGGCUUACAACAGGAUCCCUCAGGUCCCCUGGACAACUGUGGGUCUGUUCUUCAACAGUAGUGCUACAGUGAUGUAUGUGGUGGCAGCAGCAGUGGACGCAGCCUCAAUUAGCCAUGCUGUUAAGGGACGCCAUAACUACAACUGCUGGGUAGCAUCCACAUUCUUUGCCUUCCUGGUCACGCUCUGCUAUGCAGGAAGUACAUAUUUAAGUUUUAAAUUCUGGCGGCUCGAGGGAUGAGGAACAAUAACCAAUCACAAAGGACACCUAAAGUAUAUCCGUUAUGGAACGCAUGAAGGAUCUUGAAAAGUACACAUGGUUAAGUGUAAUAACCACUCCUUCCCUUUGGAAUGCAUUUCUCUAUUUCAUUUCUGUUAUAUUUCUGUUAUUUUAGAGUUAUGGUGUGUUUCAUCUGUUGGAAUGACAGAGCCUGAACCUCAGUGAUGCUUAUACUUCUUAUGCACUCAUGAGUUUAAAAAAACAAACAUUUGGAUGAAAAUGACUGAUGCUAAUAAAGUGGCUAUUCUGUUUUUCUGAA